UCGUCAUCGUGGUGACUGUGAGGAUCAUUCGGUGGUUCGAGACGCAAUCAUGAAGACAGCUUUGUUGUUCCUGGUGGUCCUUCUGUUGUGGCUCUUGUUCAGCUUUGCCCGGAGCAACAACGUCGAGAAACCGGUGAACAUCAGUUGGUCACAGGACCCACGUCACUAUCAUCCACUUCGUUGUAAACCAACUACCAACUGCCUUGCUAACGGUGGCUAUUGCAUCAGAAACAACCAUAAAGAGGAUUGCGAGGGCCUCCUGUUUUCAAGAGAAUGCAGAUCGCCCCUCUGCUCCUGCUGUGUAGAAGCUACACUGAAGCGGGAUGAAUGCCAAGAUACACCAGGUAUCUGUCCCAAUGGAAUUUCUGUGUGUCAAGAUAAGGAUGUAGGCUACGAGUGCACUUGUAAUGCAGGUUUCGAGACAACAGUAUGUGGAGGUGAGUAUACUCCAGAUUUAUACAGUCUCAACUUGAAGGAAAAAUGACAAAAGAUGAGGGUUAG